ACGACAUGGAGUCGCUUGGCUAUGUGAUGAUGUACUUCAAUCGGGGCGUACUGCCCUGGCAGGGCAUGAAGGCCAACAAUAAACAGCAGAAAUAUGAUAAAAUCUCUGAGAAGAAAAUGUCCACGCCCAUCGAGGUGCUCUGCAAGGGCUCACCGGCCGAGUUCUCCAUGUACUUGAACUAUUGUCGUAGCUUGCGUUUCGAUGAACAGCCCGACUACAUGUACCUACGUCAAUUGUUCCGCAUUUUGUUCCGAACGCUGAACCAUCAGUAUGACUACAUCUAUGACUGGACAAUGCUGAAGCAGAAGACCCAUCAGGGUCAGCCGAAUCCCGCCCUGAUGCUGGAACAGUUGGAGACGCGCAACGAUCGCGAUAAGGAGAAAGAGAAACCGAACUGCAAACCUCCCAUCACCGAGUAAUUCAGCUGAAAGGCAGUUAAAUAAUAAUAAUAAUAAUAAUAAUAAUAAUAAUGCAAAAUACAAAUACAAAUGAAGCAAAUAAUUGGGUGGCAAGCGUU